UGGGCGCUGAGUUUCGGGCGAUACCGAGCGGUGGCCGCCGAGGACCGGGCGCCUAGCUGGGGUCUCGGGCGUCGUGGGAGCAACUCUGGUCAGCCCUGACCUCCGUGUAGCGGUGGGGUUAGGGGGAGGUCUAGAGUGUCAACUCGUCAGGGUCGCGAGUGGACGCACACCCGACGGGCCGUGCAAAGCUCGCUCGUGACCCAGUGAAACUUGGGAAUCAAUCGUGUGAGGCAGGUGCGUUCCCAGGAACCGCCAAGGCCGAGGGCGCUUCCCGCCCCCACGCGUGGCGCUCGUCGGUGGCAGAGAUGCUGAGCUUCCUGAGAAGAACACUUGGCCGCCGGUCUAUGCGCAAACAUGCUGAGAAGGAGCGACUCCGAGAGGCACAACGUGCUGCCACACACAUUCCUGCAGCUGGGGAUGCCAAAUCCAUCAUCACAUGCAGGGUGUCCCUUCUGGAUGGUACAGAUGUUAGUGUGGACUUGCCGAAAAAAGCCAAAGGACAAGAACUGUUUGACCAAAUUAUGUAUCACCUGGACUUGAUUGAAAGUGACUAUUUUGGUCUGAGAUUCAUGGAUUCAGCCCAAGUAGCUCAUUGGUUGGAUGGUACAAAAAGCAUCAAAAAGCAAGUAAAAAUUGGAUCACCAUAUUGUCUUCAUCUUCGAGUUAAGUUUUACUCCUCAGAACCAAACAAUCUUCGUGAGGAGCUAACACGGUAUUUAUUUGUUCUUCAGUUAAAACAAGAUAUUCUCAAUGGGAAAUUAGAGUGUCCCUUUGAUACAGCAGUUCAGUUGGCAGCUUAUAAUCUGCAAGCUGAACUUGGUGACUAUGAUCUUGCUGAACAUAGUCCUGAACUUGUCACUGAGUUCAGGUUUGUGCCCAUUCAGACGGAAGAGAUGGAACUGGCAAUUUUUGAGAAAUGGAAGGAAUACAGAGGUCAGACACCAGCACAAGCUGAAACCAAUUACCUAAACAAAGCUAAAUGGCUAGAAAUGUAUGGAGUUGAUAUGCAUGUGGUCAAGGCUAGAGAUGGGAAUGACUAUAGCUUGGGACUAACUCCAACAGGAGUCCUUGUUUUUGAAGGAGAAACCAAAAUCGGCUUGUUCUUCUGGCCCAAGAUAACCAGAUUGGAUUUUAAGAAGAAUAAAUUAACCCUAGUGGUUGUGGAAGAUGAUGAUCAGGGUAAAGAACAAGAGCAUACCUUUGUCUUUAGACUAGAUCAUCCAAAAGCCUGCAAACACUUAUGGAAAUGCGCAGUGGAGCACCAUGCCUUCUUCCGUCUCCGAGGACCUGUCCAAAAGAGUUCUCAACGAUCAGGAUUCAUUCGACUAGGAUCACGAUUUAGAUACAGUGGCAAAACAGAGUAUCAGACCACAAAAACAAACAAAGCCAGAAGAUCGACCUCCUUUGAAAGAAGGCCCAGCAAGCGAUACUCCCGGCGAACACUACAGAUGAAAGCAAACACAACAAAACCUGAAGAUCUUGGUGUUCAUAAUGCUUCAACCCAGAAUAAUGACUUCCAACAGGCUUGGGGUGUGAGGUCUCCUGUACCUAUGAAUCCUGUCUCAUCCUCUGGUCCUGUGCUGGUGGAGAUAGAGAAUCUUCCACAGAAUUCUGCAGCAGACCAACAUGACAGAAAAUGCUUGCCUCUGAAUGUCGAUAUGCUAAAUAGCCCAGACUUACUAGCAACAACCAUUGGUGAUGUAACAAGUACAUCAGAUACUUGGGAAACUUCUCCAGCACCAGAUGACAUUAAUGUAGUUACCAGGUCAAAUGAAUUAGAAGAGCCCAAAGUUGAAUGUGAGACAUUAAAAGAUGACACAGAAAAGCUCAAACAACUGGAAAUGGAGCAGAACAUCUUGCUGUCUCUUCGACCUCCCGUUGUUGACAUUAAUGUCACCAGUCAGGAAGAAGUGAUAAAGUUGACCGAGAAAUGUCUUAAUAAUGCCAUUGAGAGCCCAGGAUUGAAUGCAGUAAGGGUUCCUCCUGACUUCAAGAGCAAUAUUCUGAAGGCCCAAGUAGAAGCAGUGCAUAAGGCUGCAAGAGAAGAUAGUUUAACUCAUAAAAAUGCCAGUGUUCAGGAAGCUGCCACAAACAGUACUGUAUUAAAUGAAAACAGUGUGCCCCUCUGCAAAGAUUCCCUCACUCUGGUGCAUGCCACAGCUGCAGACAGUGGAUCUGUACUAAAGGAUGCUACAGAUGAAUUGGAUGCCUUGCUUCUUUCUCUAACUGAGAAUUUGAUGGACCACACAGUUACACCCCAGGUGUCUUCAUCAUCCAUGAUCACACCCCGGUGGAUUAUCCCACAGAGUGCUGCCAUCUCCACCAGGCUCGCAGGAUGUGGAACAUCUGUGGCAGGGACAGAAGGGUGUGCUGCUAAAGAUGGAUUCUCACUCAUUGCCCCUCCAGCACCGUUCUUGGUAGAUGCUGUGACCAGCUCUGCUCCUCUGGCUGAAGACCCAGCCUUGAAGCAGAAGUGCUUGCUGACUACUGAGCUCUGAGGGCUGCUGCUCCCCACUGUAUCUGGAAUGCCCCACACUAUCCCGUCAGCCCUGGAUCCAGCUGAGUCCUUUACUUGGGGAAAACUUUCUACCUGGAUUUGACUUCAGCUCCAUGAAGAAAGUAGCUACAUUUUCCGUCCAACUGCAAAUCUACCCCCACGUAACUGAAGAUAGCUGUACAUCGACAGUUCCUCAAUUAGUGAAUUCACUAGCUUCCUUCAAGCUCUUGUCUCCACCUAGAGGCUGCAACUGUUUAUAACAAUUUACGGCAAGACUGCUGUCAAGAGCCUUUUCGUUGCCAUUUCCCUGUAAUGUCAGGGCGAGCACACCUGACCUGAGUGCCUGCUAGAAAAAUGAAUGGCAUUUUCCUGCGCAUUGCCCCGGAAGUCAGAAUUCAGGAAACAGGUGAAAGCACUGUGUGGUAGAUCUCAGGCCAGAGCUCAGUGACUAGGGCUCUCAGGGAAGCUGAGAGCACACAGGUUGUGUGUCACCCACACUUUGAAUCCUGAGCAGCAAUGACCUUACUGCUCUGAAUUUGCUUCAGAGGUAAAUGUUAGGAGCUACAGAGAGAUCAUCUCCAGUCAUGUGUGAGCUCCCCAGACCCCCUUUCCUGGAGGAAGCAUCGCAUCGUUCACCUGUCUAUAACUUUGCAGUGGGGGGGAGGGAGCAGAUGUCUAGUCAGAGACCUGAGUCGUCAACCUGAGGCCUGUGCUCUCCUUCCUGAGCCACGGGGGAAUGCAGCCCUAAUAGGCUUGCCAGUCGUGACAGUCAGCGCAGCAGUGCUCCAGACUGGGACCUGUGUAUGACAGCCUCCAGUUCUCCGUAUACACUGAGUGAGCUGGUGGUUUUCAAGCUGAAAAGGAAAGAAAAACACCUGGCAGAAAUGAGGAAUGGUGGUGAGAGAGAUUGGGUUCUUGAAUGAAUUGCCUAGGAAGCUAUGCACAGUAUAGUGAAUGAUGUCCGUUUACACUAGGUUUUUAAAGUUCCCUAGAUUUCCCCAUUCUUUGUACCAAAAGAAGUUCUGUUGUUAAAGUAAUACAUGCUCAUCGUAGAAAAGUGUGUGGAUAUGUGCCUAUAAUCCCAGCACAGAGAAAUGACACUAAAGUAACAUUUAUUGUUUGGGCAGAAAGAUCAGGACCUCAGUUGCCAUGGGGAUGGGAAUGACAUGUAAACAUUGGUAAAGCCAUUGGUGUUGCCUUGAUGUUAAGCUGUAUCUCCCAGAGUUUGUUCAUGUUUCUGCCCAUCAUGUGAUGUGUGUAUGGUUGAGCGCUCAUUCUUCUUGGCUAAAGGACAUCCAGCUCUGUGUCGUUCAAAUGCUGUGGUUUGGACUACCCUGGCUUCAAAUGCUACUGUCUGACUGGGAAGCUUGGAGGUUCAGUCUUACAGUUUAGGGAAGCUGGACAGUUUAGGAACCACUUUUGUUACAGGAGACAGAAUUACCCUUCUUGCUGGCUGGCUCCCUCAGCCAAUAGGCAGCUCAUGCAUUUCAUUAGCAGUGUUUUUGCCAGUCCUCAGUGGUAAGACAUUUCUCACAGAACCCAGGGCUUGACUCAGGACUUACUGGACUGGGUAUCAGAUUUCCAAUGUCUUUAAGUCCUGGACGGCCUACACAAUUAGCUGUGCUGGUAACCACACAACAGUUAAGGCAUGGUGGCUUAGAAGUCCUAAAUGUCCCACCCUGUUUAGGAUCAAGUACUGUUGCUUCAAGAUUAAGUAGCUAAAAGUACUGCAUAACUUUUGUGUCUCCAGGAACCUAAAUUCUUACAGUGAGAAUAUUGGUAGGGACUCUGUUAGGAUUCGUUUGAAUCUCCGGUUAAAAGAAAUCCGAUGUCCUCAUGUCAAGUAGUAAGUUUAGAACUUACACUUGAGUGAUGAAUUUGCCCUACAGGUUAGACGCACAUGUGAGAUACAUUUCCUGUGCUGUCCCGGCACAUGUAUUCUGCUCCCCAGAAAAUGGUAGCCAGCUAGUGAGACAGGCCUGAGGGCACCUUAGAAGUGGUAGGGUGGAGCAGUAUGUGAUGACACAGUCAGAGUGGUGCUGACAGAGUGAGGCUGGAGGUGGUGGCAGCUGUCGAUGUGAGGCUGAGUUAGGAAGGCGGCAGCUGCCGCCACUGUGCAUUUGGGUCACAUUGGAGAUAGUGCCCAGAAGCUGCCUGCUGCGUGCCCAGGGGAGCUUUAGACAAAGUUCAUGUUGUCUCCCCUGGCUGGGGUAGGGACUUGGCUUAGCAGUUCCCAGUAAGAUGUGAAGGUUAGCAGUCCUAGACUCCAGCUCAGCACUGGGAAAGGAGUCUGCACAUGUAAAUGAUGUGGAGAUGACAGGCUUGUGGGUAGCAAGUCCUCUCGACACAGGUGGGACUCCGGUUGUCUUUCCUGAUCCUCAGACUGCUCAACAGAGCUAUGAGCAGGCUUCUUAGCCUCCUACAUUGCUUUGAGAAAACUUCUUGUGAAAAUCAUUCCUUACAAGUCCUGCUGACUGUCAGUAGGCACUUGUUUUGCACAGACUCCGGUGCCCUGGGCGUGUCUGGGGAAAGAGAUCUCUGAGCUGUUUUAGGAUCAACUGCUCGUUCUUCUUCCCAAUUCUGGCCAAAACUUGGAUCUCUGUCCUCUAACUGAGCCCCAGGAAGUCCUGCUGUCGCUGCUAGAUUGUUUACUAGUCGUUCAACUGGUGAAAAACUUGGGGUUUUUUGUUUGUUUUGUGAUUUCAUUGUUUUCAGAGAUAAGAUUUAUCUGUGUAACAGCUCUGGUUGGCCUAGAACUCCCUCUGUAGACCAGGCUGACCUCAAACUCAGAGAUCCACCUGUCUCUGCCUCCCAAGUGCCGGGGGCAUCCACCACCACCACCCAGCAACCUGCUUAUUUUCUAAGUAAGGGUCUUAAGAAACAAAUUCUUGUCUUCUUAUUUAGCAAGUACUAUAUACUCACUUGUUUUACUUUGCUGUUUUGAGACAGGGUCUCACUAUGUAACCCAGGAUGGUCUUGAACUCAUAGCAGUUCUCCCGUCUCAGCUUUCCAAGCGCAGGGAUUUAAGUUGUGAAUCACCAAGCCUAACAUAUACUUGUGCUGACAAGUUUUGUUUGGUUGGUUUUGGGUGUGAGUUGCUAGGGAUCAGAACAUGGACCUUGGGCUGAAAAUGGUGGUGCACACCUAUAAUCCCAGCACUUGGUAGGCAGAGACAGAUGCAUCUCUGUGAGUUGAAGGCCAGCCAGGGCUACAUAGUGAGACCCUAUCUCACUCUGCCACCCAGCUGUCUCCAGAUCCAGUAGGUUUGUUCUAUAGAGAGCUAGAGAUAGCAAACAGUUCACCAUUCAAUGCUGCAUGGUAUCAUUAGGGGGCGGUACCCAGGAGCAUAGCUGUGUUCACUAACACUUAUUUACAAUAAAGCUCUAAGCUAGUGGUUCUCAACCUGUGGGUCACCACCCCCUUUGGGGCCACAUACCAGAUAUUAACAUUAUCAUUUAUAACAGUAGCAACCCUACAGUUAGGAAGUAGCAACAAAAUAAUUUUAUGGUUGGGGGUCACCACAACCUGAGAAACUGUAUUAAAGGGGUCAUGUGGAAUUAGGAAGAUUGAGAACCACUGCAGGUGCUGGUCCCAGCUCUGAGAGCAGUGGAGUGCUGCCUGGAGUUCAGCACUCCAGAGCAUUGUGUCCUUGUCCAUGAAACUGCAAGGCGAGAUUGUUGGCCACAGCUGUGAGAGUCUUGGUGCCAUCCUAUGAUUUAAUCCGUCUCUUGACCAUGGAGUUGAUUGGACUCUUGGACACAUCUGUGUAAUAAAGAAUGCGUGUUUGUAGAUCAUUUAUGCUUUUUUCUGGAAAAAAAACUAAACCUGGGUUUAUGGAUGACCAGAAUGAACUGGAAACAUUCCUGUGUUGCCAGGAUGGGGGAACUUGUCCUGAGCUGAGUUCUGCUGUGUUCACAAAUUGCUGCUGGGGGGCUGCAGCUCUUCCUCUCUUAUUGCAUUGCUGGGGUGGUAUCCACUAAUUCUCAGGAUUUCUUAUCAGAGGAGUGUUUGUGUUCGUGUGCGUGUAUGUGCGUGUGUUUUCAUGGAAUCCUUUUUUCUUCAUUUUCACAUCUGGAUACAAUAGAUGUUAUGAGGACUCACCAACUAUUUUGUGUUUACUUUUUCUACAUGUUAAACUCUGCAGUAGUUUUGAGACUGUAAUUUAUUUUUGUAUCAAGUGCACUGUAUUCAUAUAUGUUUGUAUUAGAAGCACUACACUGAACUGUGAGUUGUCUGUACACUGAACAAGAAUUCUAGACAUGACCCAUUCAAAUAAAACUUCUAGAAUGUC